GCAAUGAUAAAAUAAAAUAAAAAGAAAAAAGAUGAUGUCCUUUCUCUCUCUGGAAUCGUAAUUCAACUCUUCUCUUUCUCUUUCUCUUCUCUUCUGUGGAAGAAGCAGAAGUAGUUAGAGAAAGAUGCUGGAGAACCUUCAGGCUGCUCCGGCAACGGAAUCGGGCACGGUGGUGAAGCGCUAUGCUCCUCCCAACCAGAGGAACCGUUCUGCCAACAGGCGCAAGUCAUCUGAUCGGCUUGAUCGGACAAACAGUAUCGGGAAUGACUUAGAAAAGAAUCAAAUUGCUUCUUCAAGAAGUGUUCACAUUCCAGAUCAUGGAGAUGCUGGUAGCAGUAAUGUUCUCAAUGAGAAUCACUAUUCAAGAUUCAUAGCUUUAGAAGGGUGUAGUUACAGUGCAGCUGCCCAGCUUCUUAAUGAUCGUUGGACAGCUGCAAUACAGUCCUACAAUAAUCCCAAAGAUUCAUCUGAAAAACCAGUUAUGUAUUCAAGUGGGACAUCAGUAUGGAAUCAGUUCAGACACCCCCCUAAUCAGCCAGACUUCCUGGUAGAACUUCGUCGCCAGAUGCAGAAUGCUAAUCCUAGUUUCACCACAUGAUGGAAGACUUGGAUUGUUUAAUAAAGUUUGGAUGAACAUGGAUUUGUCAAAUGCUUUAAAAAUACUUGGUCGCACUGCUACCUGUUGUUUAUGACUGUUGUUUUGUGGAACUCAUUUCUAAUAUAUGUAACUGAAAAUCAGAUUCAGAAUAUCAACAACGACUGUGUAUGUGUAAAUUGGGAUGUCGCUCAUUCAGGAUUCGUAUUUAAAGAUUUUUUUGUAUGCUUCA